GUUGGUCGAGUUGAGUGAGUCCCCGGCGCCUUUUGACAAAAGCAAGUUCUGACACUCGUAUUGCGUCACGACGCUCUGGUGCAGUCGACCCUACCUCCAAUAACCAACUCGCUUGAGGUGCACCUCCAUGGAACGACAUCGCACCGAGUCGGACGGCCUCGGGCUCGUCGUCCACUGAAACGUGCGGCUUCAAUACAAAACGUGGGCAUCAAGCUAUAUAAUGAAAAGCAUCUAUGGGCGUCACAUGGAUGGGGCUGUUGUGGCCGAUAUGUGUACAGAGAGUUGCUGGUGGAGGGACAUCAUGGUAGCCCGAAGGCUCUCGCAGUGCUUGUUGAGGGCUUUGCGUUGGUCGCGCACACAGUCCUUGCCGGACUUGAGCUGGGCAGUGAUGAUACCAUCAAUCCCGUUGUACUGGAGCUUCUCCAGUGUCCCAAGCAUUUGGGCGAGAGAGUCUUUGGACUCGGCAAGUUGUGCUCGUGGAACGGUCGGCGAAGCGUUGUGCACAGUCACUUGCCACUCGACUUCCUUCACUUUGCGCUCCAGCCGACUCACAAGCGUCUGUAGGUCCGUCAAUUGGUCCAAGGCCGACUCGCUGGCAUUGCUGUAGAUGCGUUGGCGCGGAGGAAACACGUCUUUAAACAUGGCGGCGGCGCGGCUCCUGACGGCAAGCGGCGGGCGGCACCAGCAAGAAUGGCGGAUUGGUG